CCACAAGCCGCUGAUGACGUUAGAAUCACAGGGCGUCUUUCCGAUAAUGGAGGUGGUGGUAGCAGCGGCGGCAACAGAAGAAACAUUAUUCACCGACCAGACACAAAACAUUUUGGCAAGUUUAUUAUGUUUUAA